UGCAGCUGGAGGAUGCAGAGCCGAGCUGCAGCACAACGAUGAGUGCUGGUGCAUCAGAGCUGAGGAUAAGGUUUCCUGUGUCGGUUUACUGAAUGCUGGCAGCACUGUGGACUCUGUGUUUCCACUCCAGGAUCAGCACCAGAAGAGCUGGUGCAUGAGGCCUUCAGGUCCUGCUAGGAGAACCCAUGGAGCCAGACAUCAUGCCGCUGCACUCCUCCUCCCCCCCUCCACUGGACGAUGAAGGGGAUGGGGAGGCGGGAUCAGAGGAGGACGAGUUCGGGGACUUUGGGGGAUUCUCCGUCGUGGUGUCCUACUCUCCUCCUGUCUAUGCUGAUCCGACCGAUUCACCAUCCAGCCUCAGAGAAUCGUGUCCCACCACAAAACCAGCCACACAUCAACCCAACUGUAGCUUUAACCACCCAGUUGAACAAUCCCAACCCACAUCCACUGUGGACUCAGGGUCCGUCAGGGGCCAGACAUGCAUGGAAGGGAAGGACUUUAAAGCAGAAUCAAGUGUGCACCUCACAAACGGGUACUUUGAAGGAGACCCAAACUCUGCAAUUGGUGCAUUCUCUCCCAGAGAAGAAACCGGGUUUGCUGAUUUCACUGUGUUUACAGAGCAGGCGGUGCAUCCCUGGUGCUGUGGCUUCACUCCCACGGGGAGCAAAGAGCGAUGGGAUGUCCGAGUGGAACGCUCCACCAACGGCUCGGGCGAACAAAUCUGCGAUCCAGGACUGGAUGUUGUUUUGGAUUCUGAGCCCAGAUCUCAUUGUGCUCAUGAGGAGGAAAGAGAUGUGGAGCUCGUGCGACCGUCUCAGGACCGCCGUCAGUCUCAGGAAGCUGCAGCAGCUUUGGAUUUUCUGCCCGAAGAGCCUCAUUCUGGAGGGGAGGAAGAGUUCGGUAAACAUGGGGACAGUCGGAAGGAAAGGAGGUAUAGUUUGAAUUCUUUACAACACGUAGAGAUGCAGAAGGAUGGAGAGUCAGACGAAGAGAGAGAAAAGAGCAUCUCUACUGUCCACAGAACCUUCAGUAUGUGUGCGUCUGCUUCAGAGGACCAGGCGUCGUUCUCUGAUGAUUUGUCAUUCGACUGUCCUUCUGCGGACCCGGAACCAAACGUUUCAUCUCUCGUUUCACAAGAGGGCCAGACCGACUGGGACCAGACCGAUGAUGACGAGGAAGAACUGGAAACCUACAUGUAUUCUGACUUUUCUGUCAACGACAGCAUGACAGAUCUCCAACAGUCUAAAGCAGAGACAGGUUUUUAUUAUUGCGACCAAUCUGCGACUCAGGAAACUUGUGCUACCUCCAACCAGUCACAACCCGGAACACACACAGAAGACACAUUUCCAGGCUUGAAGGACUGUAGUUUUGAGCAUCACGGGGGCCGAGGGUGUCUCCAAACAGCUGAUGCAGCGGUGCAGAGUCUAGGAAACCUCCCACCGAGCGACAGCUUUGCUGAUUUCUGCUCAGCGCCCACGCAGGAGGAUGGAGAGGGGUCGUGGGCGGAGUUCAAGGACCAGAGGGUUCAGGAGGAGGGGGAAACCUGGGCGCGGUCCAGAGAAACAGUCAGCAUCCUGCAGACUGAUGGGGAGGAGGAGCAGGACGGGGAAGGGAAAAACGGGGUUUCCAGGAGGAACAGCUGUCAGGGGUCACUGUCCUGCCGUGUCCAGCAGCUCCUCCUGGCCAGUUUUCCGGAGGUAGAGGUCCGAGCUGUAGACUGCGAGGAGGAGGUGCUCAGCCUCGGUGCUCUGCUUCACGCUCAACUCCUCCCUGAGGAGGAAGAGGAGGAGGAGGAGGAGGAGGAGGAGGAGAUACCUGAACUCUGCUCCAGAUCUAAGUGGAUUGGGCGGGGGGUGUGGCUUCCUCAUCAGGACCUCCACGAUGCAGUUGGCCUCCGGUUCCAGUGGGGGGGCUCCCACAUGAACAGGACUCUGCUCAGGUGCCUUGGUGUGGAGACAAGGAACAUUGUGUUCAUUGGCAUGAAGAAGCAGCCGGUAGCUGUGCCUGCUUUUGCAUCCAGUCUGGGAAUGCUAGAGCCCACCAAAGACUCCGUACCGGCCGUCUGUCCUCCAGAACCCCGGGACACGCCGGACCCCUCAACAGAUUCAACGCAGGAGGCGCUUCCUUCCAGCCAGCUGGUCUGGAGCAGCCGUGGCCUUAGCAGCUCUCAGGACGACUGCUCUGCUCUAAAUCUGGAUCUGGAUUAUUUUGGUCCUGAGGAGGAGAGCAGAUCCUGCAGCAGCAGCAGCCGCAGCAACAGUCCUCCUCCAGGAGUUGAUCCUGAGCUGUAUGAGUUGACCAUCUGCAAACUGGAAACCGGCGGCCAAACGGAUGACACUUUGAACCGCCUGAUGUCCAACGCAGAGAAAACCAUCACGUCAGUCAGGAAACCUCAGCAGGAUGAGGAGGAGCUGAGUCUGGAGGCUGGCAGGCUGAUCUCUGCUCUGCCUAACCUGUCCUUCAUGCAGGCCAAGGUCCUCAUGUUUCCGAGCAUCCUCCUACCCAAAAUAUGCUGCUCCCCAAAGUCACAUUGCAAGGCUUGA